GUGAAGGACUGGAAAAACACAUUGAGCAGCACCAGAAGAAGCUCAAUGCUUAGCAGCGUCGACGCCAGAAUCAAACAGACCACUCCAAGGCAAGCUUCCAGGUUGCGUCAACAAUGACGAGUGAAGCAUUUUCAACAGCUGCUCCAGAGCGAGCGUGCUCCUACAACCUUGAACUUCGCCAGCUUACCCAAAGUAACGCUAUCGAAGCUAGACGACUGAAAAAUAGUUCAGACGAACACAAAAAUGCCACAUAUGAUGGUCAAGAGGUGGAACGAAAGAGGAUCAAACAGCAUUGCCGGAAUAAGCUAGAGCUUUGUGCGUCCAAGAUCAAAGAAUUAAAAUUGGCACGAGAAGCGCUGGAAGAGUUAGAAGGAGGGAUAAGUGCAGAAGAAUUGGAAGCCAACGUCAAGGCGCUUGUGACGAUCGAGAGAGAAGCUUACAUCUUGAGGAUGCAGCUACCACGGCUCGCUGCACUCACGCUCCGAGCAAGUCACCAAGUACUGUCGGAAGCCUAUGCCAUGGCACUCGUGGCUCUCAUGAAGGAGAUUGUGCCGUAUGGCAUCGACAAAGAAUUAUGGCCAUCUGGAAGAGAAAAUAUUGACCAAGAAGCUUUCAGGCAAGGCUUGCAUCAGAUCUACGAGCCUGGAUGCGGUGACAAGGAUCGUCGGUGGUGUCCUAUUUCUUCUCCUCUGUACGCAGGAAGGACGUUCAAAAAGGCUGAUGUGAAAGCUGCACACCUGAUACCGUAUUCUCUUGGGGAGGUGAACUGUGCGUACCUGUUCGGAUUACCGAUCGAGGAAGGCUACGAAGCACUCUGGAACCCGGGAAAUGGUCUGAUACUUCACAAAGAUCUGGAAAAAGCGUUCGACCGUGCAGUUUUUCAGAUUGUACCUGCAGUUGGCGAAAAUCAGGAAGUCCUUUUUAAGGUGGUCGUCUUGGAUACCACUUAUCCAGAAUAUCACUUAGAGCCAGAAUAUGGGAUCAAAGAGAUUGAGGGCCAGGAGUUGAAAUUCAGAGAUGGGGUCACCGCAAGACCGAAAAUCGAAUGUCUCUCCGUCUCAGCAGUCUUGGCCGCCUUGCGACGGAGGCGGUACGCAUGUCAUGGUUGGGCAAAUGACUACAAGAAGCUUUUCAAAGACGUGGCAUGGCCUAAGAUCCAACUCGAUCUCAGAAAGAGCACUCUCCGGGCUCUUGCCGCCGCCUACGGUGACUCGGUGCGCUUCGAAGACCUUGUCCAGCACGAGAACAUCAGUUUAAAGGAAAGCAAGAUUGCAACAGCCAGUUAUGGUGAUGAAACUGAUGAGACUAUCGCCCUCGGCCUUGCCGUAUCUACUGGAGCUCCUGCUGGCUCCACAGCUUUCCCUCUAUAUGAGGACAUCGACUACGAUGAGGACGUCUAUUAUGAUCGCGACAAAAUGGAAGAAUUGGUAGAGGAAAAUACCAAACUUGAGGAGAAGAACCGGUGGUUGGAGGUUGACAAAGAUUUCAUCACGUCAAAGCAUCAGAAGAAAAUUGCAGAACUUCAGAAGCAGAUCGAGGACUGUAACGAGAAGCAUCAAGAUGAAAUUGAUAAGCUUCAGAAGAAGAUCAAGGAGUGCAACGAGACCAUCGAGAAGAGCAAUGAAGAGCUGAAGAUAUAUGGUGUUAUGGUCGAGCAACUGCACCAGAUGGUACUCUAGCGAUUGCGCGUUGUCGAGCGAUGGGACCGCGUGCUGUGAGAUGGACAGAGUGCACAAGUAUGAGUAGCUAUCGCAGCCAGAGUUGAGGCUGAUUCAUUCUGUC